AUGCCUCAUUUCUACGAGUCGUCUUCGAGUGCCUCAGAAGCCGCGCCUGAGUUCGAUACGAGGAAUGCCUACCAGCGCAUUGUCAAAGAUGAUGAGUACGUUGUCUCCUCGUCAACCGAGCUGCCGUUGAGCCAGCAACUGGAACCCAUCGCCGUUGUGGGAAUGGGAUGUCGUCUUCCCGGUGAUGUCAGCUCGCCGUCCGACUUUUGGAAGUUAAUGAUAGAAAAGAGAAGUGGCCAGACGCCCAAGGUCCCUUCUUCCAGGUUCAAUAUUGACGCCCAUUUUCAUCCUGAUAACGACCGGCCAGGAAGCUUUGGUGUAUACGGCGGCUAUUUUAUUAAUGAGACUCUUCAAGAGUUUGAUCCGGCCUUUUUCGGCAUCACCCCCGUCGAAGCUACAUGGAUGGGUAAGGCUCUCCAGCGGAAGCUCUUGGAAGUCGUCUACGAAGCUUUCGAGUCAGCCGGUCUGACUUUAGACCAGCUCUCUGGUUCGGAUACAGCUUGCUUCAUGGCUACAUUCACGGCUGACUUCCAACAAAUGUCGUUCAAAGAGCCCUCAUUCCGCCACAGUCUCGCCGCUACUGGAGUUGACCCUGGACUUCUUAGCAACAGGGUCAGUCACGUCUUCAACCUCCGUGGCCCAAGUAUUGUCGUCAACACGGCCUGUUCAUCAUCCGUCUAUGCCCUGCACAACGCAUGCAACGCCUUGCGCAGUCAGGAGUGUUCCGCCGCUGUUGUUGGCGGUAGCAACUUGAUUUUGACCGUUGACCAGCAUAUGAACACAGCGAAGUUGGGUGUGCUGUCGCCAACUUCAACAUGCCACACCUUAAACAGCUACGCGAACGGCUAUGGCCGUGCUGAAGGGGUUGGAGCUAUUUAUUUGAAGCGGCUGAGCGAUGCCGUUAGAGAAGGUGAUCCAAUUCGCGGCGUGAUACGUUCAAGCGCGACGAACAACAACGGAAAAGCGCCUGCCGUUGGUAUCACAUAUCCUGGUUUCGAUGGACAAAGGAACGUUAUGAAGCAUGCAUACCAACGCAGCGGCUUAGAUCCCAUGCUUACAGGAUACUUUGAGUGCCAUGGAACAGGGACGGCAAUCGGUGAUCCCUUAGAAGUCCACGCUGUUUCCGACAUCAUGAAUGCGAAUCGUACUGAGGCAGAUGGCCCUUUGCAUAUAGGCGCCGUGAAGACCAACAUUGGUCAUAGUGAAGCGGCCAGCGGGCUGUCUGCCGUCAUCAAGGCCAUCCUGAUCGCGGAGAGGAACAUCAUUCCCCCAACACGGGGACUUACUGACCUAAAUCCGAAGAUUGACUGGAAAGGCUGGCAAGUCAAUGUGCCCACUGACUCGACGCCCAUUCCAAAGCACUUGCCUGUCACGAGAAUCAGCGUCAAUUCUUUUGGCUAUGGUGGCACGAACGCGCACACCAUAAUUGAGAGCCCAAAUUCCCUAUUGGCUUUGCCCCAAAGUUACAAAUAUUCGAUGCCUGGUGCCACAACUAAGGGCAAGUUGGCGCGCGGGGCAGUGAACCGGAACAGGCCGUACCUUUUAGUGUUUUCUGCCCACGAGAUGGGGGCUCUGAAGAGAAACGCUGCCGCUCAUGGCAAGGUGGCUGAAGAUUACAGCCUGCUCGAUCUUUCCCACACUCUCGCCAAUCACCGCACCCGCUUCCAAAGCAAAGGCAUGGUUGUCACAACACCGGCGACUCUCCAUGAAGAUUUUAUCAACGACUCCCCGAAACUUGUUCUCGCCAACAGGAAGGAGAUAGCUAGUACACUUGGUUUCGUAUUCAAUGGACAGGGUGCACAAUGGGCUCGAAUGGGCGCGCAACUAAUGACUUAUUACCCGACUUUCCUCAUGUCGAUCCGGCGCAUGGACAUGGCAUUGGAUGAUCUUGACGAAGCUCCAUCUUGGACAUUGGAGGAAGCUCUUCUUCAAGACUCAGCUACAUCUUGUGUUAGCGAAGCUGAGUUCUCCCAACCGUUGUGUACCACAAUACAAGUUGCUCUCGUUCAGCUGUUCCGCCUUUGGGGCAUCAAACCUUCGGUAACCGUCGGCCACUCUUCUGGCGAGAUCGGUGCAGCAUUCACUGCCGGAUAUCUUUCUGAGGCUGAGGCCAUUCUGAUGGCGUACUACCGUGGCCAAGUCGUCAAGGACAUUGAUUCGGUUGGUGCCAUGAUGGCUGUUGGUCUCGGAGCCCAGGCUGUCGCACCUUAUAUCGAAAAUUACGAACCCGAGGUGGUGAUUGCUUGUCACAACUCGCCAUCUGGAGUUACCUUGAGCGGUAGUAUUGACAGUUUGAAGUCAAUUGAAGGGACUUUGCAGGCAGAGGGUAUCUUUGCCCGCCUCGUCAAGACCAAUGGCAAAGCAUAUCACUCACGCCACAUGCUCCCAGCGGUCGAAAGAUACGAGAACCUUAUUCGCAAAUCUAGACAGGCCAUUAAUCAUGAGCAUGUAUCUAGCGAGGUCAAGAUGGUGUCUUCAGUCACAAACUCCGUUUUGGCCGAGAAUGUAGUUCUUGACGAAAAGUACUGGAGCGCCAAUCUUGUCAGCCCCGUUCUCUUCAAUCAGGCCAUACGAACGGCCCUCACGAGCAAAGAAGUCCCCAAGAUCGACAUUUUGAUCGAAAUCGGACCUCAUUCGACUCUUUCAGGGCCUAUUAGGCAGAUCAAGACCGAGUUGCAAGCCGACAAGCUGCAGUACCUACCGACCCUGGCGCGUGGCUUCCCUUGUGCCGAGCAAGUGCUCAAGCUGGCCGGCGAGCUAUUCUUGCGCAACUACCCCCUUGAUCUCGCAAGAGUGACAGGGAUCGAGGAGGUCUACCCGUCCGGCAAGAUAAUUCCACGGACAGGUAACCUCAUCGUAGAUUUACCACCCUAUCAGUGGGACAAGACGAAAAGGUACUGGGCUGAGUCGCGAGAGAGCAAGGAGCACCGCUCGCCAUGUUACUCACGUCAUGAUGUUUUGGGCCAAUUGACCAUCGGUGGCUCUCUAGCUGAACCCACUUGGCGCAAUAUCCUCCGCAUCAAAGAUCUUCCCUGGCUUCGGGACCACUCGCUAGGCGGAGAGGCAGUUUUUCCUGCGGCUGGAUACCUCUCUAUGGCCAUGGAAGCGGUAACUCAGAUCAACGAGAUGGCCGAGAAGCCUUCCAAAAUCAACUCCUAUGUUUUUAGGGAUAUCGCCAUUCAGCAAGCCUUGGUAACUCCAGAUGACGACAAUGGCAUCGAGGUCUUGCUCAAUAUGCGCCCGUCAUGCCUCGGUAUGGAUGAGGGUGACAAGCAAUGGUGGGAAUUCAACGUCUCGUCUGUGUCGUCUGAAGGGCACCGCAAAAAUCACAUGGCCGGAAGUAUCAGCAUCAACAUCAAUUCACGCACAGCAGUCGCCAAAAAAAUGCCCAACCUGCCGCAGCGCGCCUCUGGGAGACUUUGGAAUCAUGCCUUGAAGCAAGUUGGGUUUAAUUAUGGCCCAACGUUCCAAGACAUGGAUAACAUCACCUUUGAUGGAUCAACGUAUUGCGCUCACGCUUCAACGAACGUCAAGACCGCCGUGAUGAAGGGUGAGUCACGUCACAUUUUGCACCCAGCUAUACUAGACUCGUGUCUCCAGCUCAUGAUCGUCGCAAUUUGGGCUGGUCGUGCCGGUGCCAUGCAGUUUGGAGCAGUGCCUGUUCGUGCCGAAGAGAUCACUAUCUGGAGGCCAAAGGCGGCCCAGCUUACUGAUGAUGCCCGCGCCACGGCCUUCUCAUGGAUUGAUCCUCGGGGCCAGAGGCUUUUCAAUGCCCACAAUCAACUCGUGGCAGAGGACGGACAGGUCCUUAUGCACAUCAAAAGCAUGCGUUGUAUUGCGUAUGAAGCUGCAAUUCCGCAGAGACUAGAAGCUCCCCUUCAGCCGCAACCCUACUCCCAGCUUGUGUAUAAGCCGGACGCUUCAUGGCUGCGUGGCACUCAAACACACCUAAAUAUUGCCGAUUUUGUUGAGCUCGCCGAGUUCAAGACACCGGGCUUGAAGAUCCUCGUUACGGACUUGAUGAUUGUUCAGUCUCUCACGGCAAAAUUCCCUGGGAUCUCUAUGACAUUAGUCACAGGUGGCCCUAAAGAGGCCGAGAGUGAAGCAGAUCUUAGCGGGACGAGCAGAUUCUCUUCCAUACCGCUUGAUCUAACGGUUAGUUUGGGGGAACAAUCUUACGAGAAGCUCAAACAUUCGUUUCAUAUCGUCAUCGCCCCCAAUACUCCAGGCAAUGCACUCCAGUGUAUCUCUGAGCUACUAGUGGAAAGAGGUCAGGCCGUUUUGGGAGGAAAAGCAUCUAUGAUCGGUCAUGAUCUGAAGAAAGCCGGAUUUUCGGGUUUAGAGUUCUCCUUGAAGGAUACCAUGUUUGUCACAUCCAGAGUCAUGGAAAGCGAUAAGCCUUCAUCAACGCUUAUUCAACUGGUGUAUCGAACUAAUCCAACCGAGGAUAUCACUCGCUUGAAGCUACGCCUCGAGGAAAUUGGCUUUAGAAGCGAAAUUUCCAAGCUUGGAGACGCAUGCCCGCCCGGCAGCAACGUCAUCAUGCUGACCGACCUUGAGCAGCCGCUCGUGGCGACCAUGUCAGAACCCGAGUUCCUCCACCUGCAAAAGGUCUUGAGCGAUGCUUCAAACAUCUUGUGGGUGUCUUGUGGAGGUCGUCCUGGAGAUAGCAUCGGUCCUGAGUCCGCAAUGACAAUGGGGCUUUUACGUUCGCUCCGGUCUGAGCGAGCUUCUCUCAAGGCAACCUUCAUUGACUUCGUUUACACCGAUAUUGCUUCCGAGGAAUUUAUUUCGCAGACGACAUCUUUGGCGUUCGCUCUCUUUGGCAAUGAAAAGAAGCUUGAGACUGAAUACCUCGCCCGUGAUGGCCAGUUGCUCGUAAGCCGCCUCAACACGGCCGAGAAGAUCAAUGAGACGCACGAACACACUGGCUGGGAGACACAGCCGCAACCUUUUGACCCCAAAGCUAGAUUGGUGGGUAGAGUUCAGGCCGGGAAGGUUGUGUUUGAGACUGCCCCUCUAGACACACAGCCACUGCAGCAAGACGAGAUCGAGUUCCAGCCGUUAGCAAUGGGUUUGAAUCGCGAGGAUCAGGCCAUCAUUUCUGGUGCCUCUUUCGAAACUGACUUCAGCCACGAAGCUUCCGGUAUCCUCGAGCAGUUCUCCAACUACCAACGCUUCAAGGAGUGUUUGGUACAAGGACUUAAUCCUGAAGAGCCAUUUACAACGGCCGCAAGCCUCCCGAUGUACUAUGGCGCCGCUCUAUAUGGUCUUCAGACUCUGGCAAGACUGCAAUAUCAGGAAUCCGUUCUUAUCCUUCCUGGGUCAGGACGUCUUGGAGCAGCCGCAAUAAGGAUCGUUCAGGCACUUCGCGGUCUUCCGUAUGUCGCUGUGCGUGACUCGACUGAAGCGGAGCACGUUGCGGCGGCCUUUUCUCUUCCUAGCGAACAAAUCCUGACCGAAUUCUCUCCUCAACAGUCUUUUGAUCUCGAGAUUGAUGUAGUGUUUUCAGGCAGUUCGGUUGUACCGACAGUAGCACGAGAGACAUGGCGGCAUGCACCAGCUUUCUCACGGUUCGUCAACUGCAGCGCUACCGCCACUACGUCGCCCUUGGACUCCGUUCCAGCAGCUCGUGGAGCGAGCUACCUGUCAGUCAAUCUCAUCAGCCUUUUCAAAAAGCCUCGAAUUCUUGGUAUCUUACUUGAGCGUAUCAUGGAACUUUAUCGCCAGGGCUCCAUCCCUACGCCACUGCUGGCUAUUCGCAAUAUUACUGAACUCAAUGAGAGCAUCGCAUCUGCUACAGACUCAUUAUGCGACAAUAAAACUGUCAUCACACACGAGAUAGGCGAUGGUACGGUGGAUGUUGUUAAAUCUCGCCCGCGUUUGUCCCUACGCCCUGACGCCACAUAUCUUCUUGUAGGAUGCCUUGGAGGUCUUGGUCGUAGCCUCACUUCGUGGAUGAUGAAGCAUGGAGCACUUAAUUUCGCUUUCCUAUCAAGAUCGGGCAUGGACUCUGAGCAAGCAGCCAUUCUUGUCAAAGACUUGGAGGCACGCGGUGCCAAUUUGCAGGUGUUCAAGGGUGAUGCUGCGGUCAAGGACGACGUAGAAAAAGCUGUAGGUUCAAUCCCAGCAGAUCGGCCUAUCCGUGGCGUUGUCAACGCGGCUAUGGUUUUGCGGGACGGGUUCUUUCAAAACAUGGCCUACGAAGACUGGACCACAUCGAUUCGACCAAAGGUCCUUGGCAGCAAGCAUCUUCACGAAGUCACUGUCGACCUGAACCUGGAUUUCUUCCUCAUGACGAGUUCAGUGUCUGGUAUUCUCGGAACACCAGCUCAAACCAACUACGCCGCUGCAAACUCUUACAUGGAUGCACUCGCGCGGCUGCGCCAGUCUCAAGGCAAGCCCGCCUGCGCCGUGAUUCUUCCCAUGAUUCUCGGCGUCGGCGUUGUAGCCCAGAACCUCGAGCUCGAAAACUCGCUCAAGCGUAAGGGCAUGUGCGGAAUAGAUGAGGAGGCGCUACUCUGUUCUUUCGAAGUCGCCAUCAUCGAGCAACAACAGAAGACAUCGCAACAAAACGAUCAUUUCGAUCAUCUCGUCGUCGGUCUAGACCCAGCUGAACUAUACAAGACGAGCCGCGAGGCCAAGGGCGACGUCGACGGGUUUUGGUCCGCGGACCCGCGUUUCUCAACUCUCGUGCACUCCAUGAACGUCAAUGGCGGCGGGAACCAGGGAGGCGACGACGAGGCAGGUUCGAUCCUGACACGGCUCAGAGCGGCUGGGGGAGAAUCGCCAGCGAAAGCGGUGGGCCUAGUAUGCGACCACUUUAUUUCCAAGCUAGCGCGUGUACUGUUAGUCGACGAGACCAAAUUUAGGGACAACGAUAACGCUGGACGCUCCAUUGCGAGCUAUGGCGUCGAUAGCAUGAUUGGAGCUGAACUGCGGAAUUGGAUCUUCAAGGAAUUAGCGAUGGAUAUUGCUUUUCAACAGUUGUUGAGCCCUUCGCUUACUAUUUCGAAGUUUGCGGAGCUUGUGUGUGGCGCUCAGGGCAUCCCGGUGGAAUAGAAGAGUAGAAGAUUGAUGGGUUUCUGGUAUAGCGACUUUUCAUUGGACGGCGGCUGUUCUGUUCGUCUUCUUAGACAUAUCUUUCUCGAGC